AUGAAGACCGUUGGAAUUGCGUCAGCAGUGGUUUUCACCCUGGAGUUCCUCUCAUCCUUCACAGAGGCCCAGCACGACGGUUCUCAACUGAGCCCUAUCGCAAGGAGACACCAGCACCGUCAUCGAUCCAACUUGGGAAAGCGCGACGGACAGUGCGCAUUCCCAGGCAAUGAUGGCCUCGUUUCCGUUACGCCUGGCUCUUCCAAUGCCGGCUGGGCUAUGAGCCCUGACCAGCAGUGCACGCCUAAUAGCUGGUGCCCAUAUGCCUGUCCUUCCGGACAGCUGAGCAUGCAAUGGGAUCCCAAUGCGACAACCUACAGUUAUCCUCAAUCUCAGUAUGGUGGUCUGCACUGCGACUCGGAUGGCAGCAUCUCCAAGCCUUUCUCUGACAAGCCCUACUGCCAAAACGGCACCGGCGCAGUUACUGCCAAGAACAAUGCCGGCGGCAACGUUGCUUUCUGCCAAACUGUCCUCCCGGGUAAUGAAGCUAUGCUCAUCCCCACGGACGUUACAAGCGAAACCACUCUUGCUGUUCCUGACCAGACCUACUGGGCUGGUACUUCUGCUCAUUAUUAUAUCAACCCUCCUGGAGUCUCUACCGAUGACGGAUGCGUUUGGGGAUCUACUGCCAACCCUUAUGGUAACUGGGCUCCCUACGUUGCUGGCGCCAACACCGACUCAAAUGGAAUCACCUAUGUUAAGCUGGGCUGGAACCCCAUCUACCUUGAGCAGACGACGCCAUUCCGCAAUGAUAAGCCCAAGUUCACCGCUGAGAUUCAGUGUGAUGGCGACGGCUGCGACGGUCUUCCGUGCGCCAUCGACCUGGACAACGGUGUCAAUGCCUGCAAGGGACCUGGCUGCAACACAGGCGCUGGCGGUGCCAACGCCUGCACUGUCGCUGCCCACAAGGGCGUCAAAGCGCACAUUGUCAUCAACAGCGCUUGA